UGCAAAACCAUAUAUGGUUCUAGUUUCGUCAUCGUUUCCAGUCCCCGCGCAUAAAGAGCCAGUAUGACACGAGUUCGCCCUUUCUAACUUGUACGUUCUCAUCGUUCACAUUCGAAGAGAUCCCACGUCAAAAUGGCACCAAAGGCUGCGGAUAAAAUCCACAUCAACAUUGUUGUAAUCGGUCAUGUUGACUCUGGCAAAUCGACCAGUACUGGUCACUUAAUUUAUAAAUGUGGUGGUAUCGAUAAAAGAACCAUCGAAAAAUUCGAAAAGGAAGCCCAAGAAAUGGGAAAAGGCUCCUUUAAAUAUGCUUGGGUCUUGGAUAAAUUAAAGGCCGAGCGUGAACGUGGUAUUACAAUUGACAUUGCUUUAUGGAAAUUUACAACAAAAAAAUUUGAAGUAACAAUCAUUGAUGCCCCAGGACAUCGUGAUUUUAUUAAGAACAUGAUUACUGGUACAUCACAAGCUGAUUGUGCUGUGCUUAUUAUUGCUGCAAGUACUGGUGAAUUUGAGGCUGGUAUUUCCAAGAAUGGUCAAACUCGAGAACAUGCUCUCUUAGCAUACACUUUAGGUGUGAAACAAUUGAUUGUUGGUGUCAACAAAAUUGAUAAUACUGAACCGCCUUACAGUGAAAGUCGAUUCAAUGAAAUUAAAAAAGAAGUUGAAGGUUAUGUGAAGAAAGUUGGUUACAAUCCCAAAGCUGUUGCUUUUGUCCCAAUUUCUGGCUGGCAUGGUGAUAACAUGAUCGAACCAUCAACCAAUAUGGGUUGGUACAAAGGAUGGAAUGUUGAAUCAAAAGCAGGAAAAGCAUCUGGUAAAACCUUACUUGAAGCCUUAGAUAGCAUCACUCCACCAGAAAGACCAAGUAACAAGCCCCUUCGACUUCCACUUCAAGAUGUGUAUAAAAUUGGUGGCAUUGGAACUGUCCCUGUUGGUCGUGUAGAAACUGGUGUAUUGUCCCCUGGUAUGAUCGUUACAUUUGCCCCUGCCAAUGUAACCACUGAGGUCAAAUCUGUAGAAAUGCACCACGAAUCCUUAACUGAAGCACAUCCAGGUGAUAAUGUUGGUUUUAAUGUCAAAAAUGUGUCUAUCAAGGAUAUCAAACGUGGUAUGGUUGCGUCUGACAGCAAAAAUGAUCCAGCCAAAGAAGCCAAAACCUUUUAUGCACAGGUCAUCAUUCUCAAUCAUCCAGGUGAGAUUCAUGCUGGUUACCAACCUGUUUUGGAUUGCCACACUGCUCACGUUGCCUGCAAAUUUACAGAAUUAAAGCAGAAAUGUGAUAGACGAAGUGGUAAAGUUUUAGAAGAAAAUCCCAAAAUGGUUAAAUCUGGUGAUGCUGCUAUGGUUACUUUGACUCCUUCUAAGCCUAUGUGUGUUGAAGCUUUCUCUGACUACCAGCCAUUGGGUCGUUUUGCUGUACGUGACAUGAGACAAACUGUUGCUGUUGGAGUUAUCAAGAGUGUUGAAAAGGCCGAUGCUACUGGUAAAAUGACAAAAUCAGCUCAAAAGGCUACCGGAAAAAAGAAGUGACCUAUGAAAAUUAAAUACUGCAUAAUGUUAUUCCGAACUAAAAUAUUUCAUCGAAAACAUUUGAGGAGGAAAAACAUGUAAAUUCUGUCAAAUGAAAAAAUUGGAGUUAA